CUAUUAUUCUUACCCCUGUUCACCGUCGUUUUUCGCCGCCGAGUGGCUGGCCAAGUAUACAGUACACAUCAACCAAGCCAGCCUCAGCUAAGGGUCUAAGACAUACAUCUAUGGCUGAAAGUGCCUACUAUAUAAAUAGGCCUGCGUCGCGUUUUAACCGAGGAAUCCAGAGAUUCGGAAUCUCUGGUCUAGUCGUAUCUCUUCAUACUAACACCAUUGAUAGUACCAAAACUAAGCGAACCGGAUCAGACACGACACAUUAAGAUUUCUACCCGACGCUUUGACGGAAUCAUAACUUUCGCAUUUCCCCAUCUAAUUUGGAUUUUGGAAAGGCAUAAAAGAUGGACAUGUCGACAAGUACGAGCAUGUCUAUGUCCAUGGACAUGUCAUCUACGGCAACAGCCACAGCGACAGGUGCGGCGUCAACGUCAACGGGAUCAUCUAUGGAUAUGAGCGGGAUGUCGAUGGGAGGCGAUAGUUGCAAGAUAUCCGUAUGUUAUUGCUCCGGAUAAGAUUCAACGAAAGCAACAAUACUGAUGUGAGGAUAGAUGCUUUGGAACUGGAACACCAUCGACUCGUGUUUCCUAGCAUCGUCAUGGCACAUCACCAGUUCUGGCAUGUUUGCCGGCUCUUGUAUCGGCGUUAUACUGCUGACCAUGUCGUUGGAGUUCCUCCGCCGGACCGGGAAGGAAUAUGAUCGCUAUCUCGUUCGGAAACAUUCUUCUACCCCUGUUGCCGCCAUGCCGACCUCUUCGAGGGACAGCGAUAGCAAGGAUGCUAUAGCAAGCUCCGCACCUAUGAACUCGGGCGUAGGACAUUCAGGAGGGUUCAGACCAACGAUAUUUGAGCAAGCUAUUCGAGCGUUGCUGCACAUGGUUCAGUUCGCGGUGGCGUAUUUCAUCAUGUUAUUAGCCAUGUACUUCAACGGUUACAUCAUCAUCUGCAUCUUUAUCGGAGCUUACAUCGGGGCCUUUGUCUUCCAUUGGGAAUAUAUGGACGGAGGACGCAGUGCGACGAGCGCAAGUCAGGAGCCUACAGUGUGCUGUGCGUAGAUUCGUUCGUUCGGGUUAUUCGAGCUGUUGUCGUGGUACUGAGUAUCACGGCAUUGCCUUUGUUAUACAAAAUUUUGGAAGGAAAAAGAAAUGGCUGUGCUAUGUUGUGCAUUUGGGCAAGUAGAAAACUACGUUGAUCAUACGAAAAUUUAAUUAUGAAAGAAUUAAUAAUGAUAAGUGCGAGCACUUUGGUACAAUUAAGAAAAUCAGAUAAUGGAUGUAGAAACACAUCAUAUCAGAGCAGUUAGAUCAUGCUCAUGCCUACUGUAGCUUCCUAAGUAGGCUGACCUGAGUUCAUUGGAUAGACGAUGCCGAACUUACACCGGUUCAACUAUGGCAUAUAUAGAUUUAUUCGACAAAGUAUAGAUAUUAAUCAAAUGAUCACC